AUGUCCUGGUACGACCCGCUCCCCUUGGACGAAUACAGACAGCUCAACGAGCACACCGGCGAAAACCCGCCUAAGGAAUUGCCUGUGGACGAGCCCUUUGCCGGCCUCGACAUCAGAUGUGGUCCCAUCCUUCGUUUGGUGGGAACCCUCGAGCAGGGCGCCGAUUACAGAGGCAGUAUUCUUCUCGCUGUCAACCAGGCGCAGACUGCACCUGAAAUCACGUACCAGAUAGGUCGGGCUGCACCAGACGCUGCCGGCGCUGCCGGUACCGACGCAGGAGCCACCAGCAAGGGUACCUUUGCCGGCACCAAGUUCUUCGAGCAGGACGGCAUCUCGUUCUUUCGGUACACUGUGCAUUUGGAGCUUGCAGCCUAUGAGCAGAAGGUGCAUUAUCACAUCAACAAUGCCACCAAGCAGGGAUUCCAGUUCUUCGUUCCUGGAGCUGACCAGUCCAUGAACGUGAUGUCCUACUCUUGCAAUGGGUUCUCGCUCGGCGCUGACCCCGGCGAGUUCAAGUCGUCGCUCUGGUUGGACGUCAUCAACAAGCAUGAUACCAACCACUACCACGUCAUGCUUGGUGGCGGUGACCAGAUCUAUGCAGAUGCCGUCAAGCAGGCGUCGCCUGCGCUCAAAAAAUGGGCCGACGAGUCGGACUACAUGCACAAGCGCCUGGUGCAGGCCUCGCCCGAAUUGGUGGAGGAGCUCAAGCACUUCUACCUCCACCACUAUCUCGCCUGGUUCGGCAAGGGCUUCUGGAAGGGCACCAACGGCACCACGCUCCAGGCGCUCUUCCCGGUGGCCAUGGCCCAAAUCCCAUCCAUCAACAUCUGGGACGACCACGAUAUCAUCGACGGCUUUGGCAGUUACCGUGACGCCACCAUGCAGAGUGAAGUGUUCAAGGCCAUCGGCAAUGUGGCCUACACAUAUUAUAUGGUGUUCCAGCACCAUCAGGCGCCCGAUGAGGACAUCCACGCGCAGGACCCGUCAUGGAUCUUGAGCCGCACCAACGGUCCCACCAUCGCCCAGAAGAACCACUCCAACUACGUCCGUUUGGGCAAGGAGAUCGCCAUGGUCGGCAUGGACUGCCGUACCGAGCGCAAGUUGAAGCAGAUCAUCACCCCCUCCACUUACUCUGCCAUUUUUGACCGUCUUCGUAGCGAGAUUCUGGCCGACAAGUCCAUCAAGCACUUGUUGGUGAUGUUGGGAGUGCCCAUCUUCUAUCCACGGCUCGUGUGGUUGGAGUGGCUCCUUACGUCCACGGCCCUUAAGCCUCUUCGCCAUUUGGCCACCAAAGGUGUGAUCCAGAAGGGUUUGGUCAACGAGUUCGACGGAGACGUCGAGGUCUUGGACGACUUGAACGACCACUGGUGCUCCAAGCAUCACAAGCGCGAGCGUAACAAGUUGAUCAAGGACCUCAUCGAGUUUGGCAACGAACACACGGUUCGUAUCACCAUUCUUUCGGGAGACGUGCACUUGGGAUGUCUUGGAAGACUCAAAUCGAAGUACCACAAGCAUCCUACGACUCACCAGCUCUUGAAGGGCACCAAGACCGAGAGCGCCAACUUCAACGUCACCGAGAUGCCUGAGAGAGACCCACGGUUGAUUUUCAACGUCAUCAGCUCGGCAAUCAUCAACGGACCUCCUCCUGAUGCCAUGGCAACGCUUCUCAACAAGCGGAGCAAGAUCCACCAUUUCGACUCCGAGACAGACGAGGACUUGGUGCCCUUGUUCUACACAGAGCCAGACGGCUCUUCCAGAGACAACCAUCGCUUGCUUAACAAGAGAAACUGGAGCGACUUGAUUUUGGCCAAACAGUCUGUGUACAAAGACACCAUAGCCAAGGAUGCUAGUUUCGAGACCGUGGAAAGAAGGUUCCCGCAGCCGGUGGGCGGAAAGGAGCAGAAGCACGAGGUCGACUCAGUGCAUGUCAAGUAUCCACUUUAUGACGACUCGUUGGUCACCACGAUCCGGGUGGAAAAGGACCCAUUGAACUACGACGCAGAAAGUCAAGGCUACGAGGUGAUUAUCCCUCGGUUGGACACCUCGUUGAAGUUGAAGGAGACCAAGAUCAAGCACUUGAACUAG